AUGGACAAACGCGACAACACAGCAAAGGAGGAGGCGAUAGAGUACAUCGACUACAAAGAACCUCAAGAACCAAUUUCUGGCGAGCUCGACGACGACCAAGCAGAUAUUUACGCAGAGGCUCUACGACGCUAUCCCAAUGACGAAUCAAUCGACCAAGCCGAUGAGAAGAGAUUGAAGCGCAAGCUAGACACACAACUGACUUAUCAUACANNGUAUGUUGACAAAACGACCUUAUCCUACGCGGCGAUUUUCGGCAUCAAGACAGACCUGAAGCUGACGGGUGAGGAAUACUCAUGGUUGUCGAGUAUAUUCUACUUUGGCUGGCUACUCUGGGCCAUACCCUCCAAUCUCAUCAUGCAAAGAUGCCGACCCGGAUGGUACUUGUCCUUCAACAUCUUUAUGUGGGGAGCAUUGCUCAUGUGUCAGGCUGCUGCAAACAACUUCCCAGCUUUGGCAGCAUUGCGUAUCUUAUCUGGAGCUUUUGAGGCGAUCGCAGAUCCGGCUUUCAUGCUCAUUACAUCCAUGUACUAUACUCGCGAGGAGCAGCCAUCCCGUAUCGCAGCAUGGUAUGUGUGGAACGGUGUAGGGGUUGCCGGUGGCGGUUUGAUUGGAUAUGGUAUUGGCAGUAUCAAUGGUGCCCUCGCUUCCUGGCGCUACGAAUUCUUGAUUGUUGGCGCAUUCUGCUCAGCAUGGGCCAUUGUGCUUUGUCUGCUUCUUCCCAAUUCACCUACGACCUUCAAGGGCUUCUCCCGUGAUGAGAAGCUGAUCAUGAUCGCACGCAUGCGCCGCAAUCAGACCGGUAUCGAGCAGAAGCGUAUCAACUGGGAUCAAAUCAAGGAGGCUUACCUCGACUACAAGACAUGGCUAUUCACUCUGCUUGGUUUUGUUGCCAACAUUCCGAACGGCGGAUUAUCCAAUUUCUCAACUCUGGUCAUCAAGGGUCUAGGAUUCAACACUCUACACACCGCACUGCUUGGUAUUCCGCAGGGAGCUCUGGUCGUAAUCUGGAUUGGUCUCGGAGCCAUGGCAAACAGGUAUCUUCCUAAGAAUAGCCGUACCAUCGUGUGUGCGCUCUUCAUGCUACCAACAAUUGCCGGCGCCCUGGGCUUCUUGUUGGCACCCGAUACUGCCUACGUUGGACGAUUGAUCUGUUUCUACUUGACGGGCUCGUAUCAGGCCUCAUUCGUACUGUCUCUAUCACUGGUCACCAGUAACACAGGCGGUCAGUCGAAGAAGAUGAUAGUAUCCGGAAUGAUCUGGUUCGGUGCAUGUGUUGGAAACAUCGUUAGUCCGUUCUUCUACAGACAAGAGCAGGCGCCUUCGUACCCUCUGGGUAUCGGCUCCCUGUUGGCGGCGAACUGUAUUGAAGUUUUGCUAUUUGGAGUGCUGAGAUAUGCCUUUAUCUGGGAGAACAAGCGCAAGGAGAAGAUCAGACUCCGCAUGCGCGAGAGUGGCGAAGCUGCUGCAUUGAAUGAUACGGCCUUCGGCAAUUUGACGGACAAGCAGAACCCCAACUUUGAGUAUGUGUAUUGA